CAGUUAUUUGGAUCUUUACCAAAAAUUAGGACAGCCUCCUCGUAACCUGAAAACGCCGGCCAUCGUCAGCGUGAUAAAAUUUUCUGUUUUUUAGCACUUCCAGUUCGUGUUUUUCCUUCUUGUUCUUGUUGUUCUCCUUCUUCUUCAUUGAAGAUUACAAGGGACUCUUUCACAUCAGUUCUAAAAAGGUGAUUCAUUUUCUCUUUUUGCCUCAUUGUUCCUAGCAAGUUUGAGACCUUUUCCCUCCCUUUUCUUGUUCAGGGGAUUGUCCAUUGAAUCUGAUCAAGAAAAGGGGAAAAAAUGAAUCUUCGAGGGGUUUUUUUUGCAUGUUUUGCUUAAGUUUAUGAGCAAUUUUUACCGUUAUAAAGAAUCACAAAAGAGUUUUCUUUUGAUGUUUUCCUGUUGAAAAAAUGGAUAAUAAUUAUGGUUCUUCAUACCCUUAUAACAAUCCAUAUCCAUAUCCUCCUCCGCCUCCAAGUUAUGGGUAUCCACCAUCCGAUCCAUACUUCUCUCCUCAGCCCUACCCCUAUGGGCCAAACCCUCCUUAUGGUGCUUACCAAUAUCCGCCCCCUCCAUCUGCAUACACAGCAACACCGCCACAUUCAAUUACUCAUUCAGGCUCUGUAGAUUAUUCCCACCAAAAACCUUCAGCACCAUAUCCAACAAGCCAUUCGGGGCCUUUAGACUAUUCUCACCACCGACAACCAUCUCCACAUCCAACAACAGAUUCAGGACCUUUAGGCUUUGACUACCUCCAUUCUGGUCCUUUAACUUAUUCAUCACCAUCAUCACCAUAUGCUGAAUAUCCACCAGCACCACAUGUUUCAAAUUCAAUCCUUCAAAAUAAUGGAAGUUUUCAUAAUUACCCUUAUGUUCAAUCUCAAUCGAGCCAAUAUCCUUCCCCUGAUAGCAUGUCACAAGCACCCUCCAGGGAUAAUAGCUUUUCCGAUCAUCAUAGACAAGAUAUUUCUUCAUCUUUAGGAAUUGGAUCAUCAUCAUCAAAUCCUGAUAAAGUUGAUGCCGCUGUUAUUGGUUCUUCUUCUGCUUAUCCACCUUUGGAUGAUUUAGUAAGUAAUAUGCAUUUGAAUGAUAGGAAUAAUCACCCUACUGCGCCUGCAUUCCCACCAGCACCUUCAGUGCCUCCAGUGCCUGAUUCCCCUCAAAGCUAUCAGGGCUCUAGUUUUGGAUAUGGUCCCCCACGUGAAUUCUAUGGUUUUCCUAAUGACUCAUUUUCAAGUAACUGGGAGGAAAAUUAUGCGAGCAGAGUUGAUUCUUCUGGUCACUAUCCUGGUUCUGCUUAUGCACAUACAUCCUCCUUUAACGGAUCAAAGCAUGGCCAGGGUAUGGAGAUUGUGCCAGUGUCAGGUGGUAAAGGGUCUUUGAGGGUUUUGCUAUUACAUGGGAAUUUGGACAUUUAUGUUUAUGAUGCAAAGAAUCUCCCAAACAUGGACAUGUUCCACAAGACUUUGGGUGAUAUGUUCAAUAAAUACACUGGAAUUGUAAGUAGCAAGAUUGAAGGACAAGCGUUCACCAAGAUUACCAGUGAUCCUUAUGUUUCGAUUUCGGUGGCUGGUGCUGUGAUUGGGAGGACUUUUGUGAUUAGCAAUAGCGAGAAUCCUGUAUGGAUGCAACAUUUUUAUGUUCCUGUUGCACAUCACGCUGCAGAAGUGCAUUUUGUUGUCAAGGACAAUGAUGUUGUGGGAUCGCAGUUGAUAGGAGUUGUGGCAAUUCCAGUUGAACAUAUAUGUUCAGGGGAAAGAAUUGAGGGGGUUUACCCUAUUUUGAAUAACAAUGGUAAACAGUGUAAGCCUGGUGCUGCAUUGAGAAUUUCAAUUCAGUACAUACCCAUGGAGAAACUAAGCGUUUAUCGCCAUGGUGUUGGUGCUGGUCCUGAUUAUCAUGGUGUGCCAGGCACCUAUUUUCCUCUUGGGAAAGGUGGAACAGUUACUCUUUAUCAAGAUGCCCAUGUUCCAGACGGGCGCCUUCCAAAUGUGCAACUUGAUGACGGGGUGCCUUGUCUGCACGGAAAAUGCUGGCAAGAUAUCUUUCAUGCUAUACGACAAGCCCGGCGCUUAAUUUACAUUACUGGGUGGUCUGUGUGGCACAAAGUUACUCUGGUUCGGGAUAGUGGUCAGCAUUCAGGUGUCACCCUCGGGGAUCUUCUGAGGUCCAAGUCCCAGGAAGGUGUAAGAGUGCUGCUUCUUGUUUGGGAUGAUCCUACUUCAAGGAGUGUCUUGGGAUAUAAAACGGAUGGGAUUAUGGCAACCCAUGAUGAGGAAACUCGCCGUUUUUUCAAACACUCAUCUGUUCAAGUGCUACUUUGUCCUCGCAAUGCUGGGAAAAAACAUAGCUGGGUCAAGCAAAGGGAGGUCGGAACAAUUUAUACACAUCACCAGAAAACUGUAAUUGUAGAUGCUGAUGCUGGCAAUAAUAGAAGAAAAAUCAUAGCUUUUGUUGGUGGACUUGAUUUAUGUGAUGGUCGAUAUGAUACUCCAGAUCAUCCUCUAUUUAGGACGCUACAAAAUGUGCACAAAGAUGACUAUCACAACCCUACUUUCACUGGUAGUGUUGCAAAUUGCCCAAGAGAACCGUGGCAUGACUUGCACAGCAGAAUAGAUGGUCCAGCAGCAUAUGAUGUUCUAACUAACUUUGAGGAGCGUUGGAUGAAGGCUGCAAAACCUAAGGGGCUUAAAAAACUAAAAACAUCAUACGAUGAUGCUUUACUUAGGAUAGACAGAAUUCCAGACAUUAUAGGUGUUUUUGAGACUCCUGUUAAUGAGGAAGAUCCUGAAGCUUGGCAUGUUCAGAUAUUUCGAUCAAUUGAUUCAAACUCCGUGAAAGACUUCCCAAAGGAUCCAAAGGAUGCCACAAAAAAGAACCUGGUGUGUGGAAAGAAUGUACUCAUUGACAUGAGCAUACAUACAGCAUAUGUGAUGGCCAUCCGUGCUGCCCAGCAUUUUAUUUACAUAGAGAACCAGUAUUUCAUUGGGUCUUCGUACAACUGGAGUUCAUAUAAAGAUUUAGGGGCUAAUAAUUUGAUUCCUAUGGAAAUCGCACUAAAGAUUGCCAAUAAAAUCAGAGCACAUGAGAGAUUUGCUGCCUACAUUGUUGUUCCGAUGUGGCCAGAGGGUGUUCCAACUGGUGCCGCUACACAAAGGAUUUUGUUUUGGCAGCAUAAAACAAUGCAAAUGAUGUACGAGACUAUUUACAAGGCUCUAGUGGAGGUCGGACUUGAGGAAGCAUUCUCACCACAGGAUUUUUUGAACUUCUUCUGUCUUGGUAAUCGUGAAUCUGUAGAUGGAGUUAAUUCUUCAUGCAUGCCAAGUCCCCCAAGUUCACACACUCCUCAGGCACUUAGUCAGAAAAGCCGGCGGUUCAUGAUCUAUGUUCAUUCAAAAGGGAUGAUAGUUGAUGAUGAGUAUGUAAUACUGGGAUCUGCAAACAUAAAUCAGCGUUCCAUGGAUGGCACUAGAGACACUGAGAUUGCAAUGGGAGCCUACCAACCUCAACAUACCUGGGCAAGAAAACAAUCUAAUCCACUUGGACAGAUCCAUGGAUAUCGGAUGUCUCUCUGGGCAGAGCAUACUGGAGUUAUUGAGGACUGCUUUACAAAACCAGAGAGUCUUGAAUGUGUUAGGAGAAUUAAAGCAAUGGGGGAGAUGAACUGGAAACAAUUCGCCUCUGAGGAGAUAUCAGAGAUGACAGGGCACCUGCUAAAGUACCCAGUUGAAGUUGAUCGGAAGGGCAAGGUGAGGCCUAUUCCUGGAUCUGAAACUUUCCCAGAUGUGGGAGGAAAUAUAAUAGGUUCGUUUCUUGCAAUUCAGGAGAAUCUGACCAUCUAAAUAAAUCUGUAAUGUCAAGUUUCCACUGGCUAUGAGAUCAAAAAGGAUGAAUAUACCUAUAGGAUAGUGAUUCAAGCAGAGUUUUGAAAUAUAUCCAUCUUUACUUGUUAAAAAGCCAAUGAUAUUGUAUGUUCACCCUCGCUCUAUUUUGGGGUCAUAAACAUGAUUAAUUUCACAAAACCCAUGAUAUGAAGGGUGCUAUUCAUUGUACAUCUUUAAGAAAAUUAUUCCUUCUUGUGCUGAAGUCUCGAUUGAGAACGAAGAGCUUGUAUUUUUGUAUAUUUGUGUAAAUGAAACUGCUACAUAAAGAUUUUACGCUGAAUGUUUAACAUCUGGAGAUUUUUAUUUUA